GUUGAAGAUGAGAUUCCGAGCGCGUUCUCUGGGGAUAACAUCCGUAUUCGACUGCGGGGUGUAGAUGAUGAGGAUAUUUCCCCUGGUUUCGUCCUGUCAAGUCCGGGGAAACCCAUCCAUGCUGUAAAGCAAUUCAUCGCACAAAUAGCUAUUUUGGAACACAAGAAUAUCAUUUGCGCCGGAUAUUCUGCAGUGUUACACGUGCAUACACUUUCGGAAGAAAUCACACUUUUGGAGCUGCUCCAUUAUCUUGAUAAAAAGACUGGCAAACGAUCAAAGAAGCCACCACAAUUUGCUAAAAAGGGAAUGCAAGUCAUUGCCAAAAUAGAGACGAGUGCAUCAAUUUGCUUGGAAACAUACAAGGACUACCCCCAGUUGGGUCGGUUUACCCUGCGUGAUGAGGGAAAAACGAUCGCUGUUGGAAAGGUAUUGAAGUUGAUCGACUCUGGUCCAAGUGUCACUGAGAACGCUGACGCCGCCGAAUAA